CUGCACGCGGCAAGCCUGUCGCCGCUGAAGCUGACGGGGCGCCUGACCGCGUCGGAGAUCGCCCGGCUGCACGAGGAGACGCAGUCGACGCUGCGCGCCUGGACCGCGCGGCUGCGGCGCGAGACCGGCGACCGGUUCCCGGAACAGGUGACGGCAUUCCAUCCCCAAAUGGCCGUCCACGGCCAGUAUGGCAUGCCGUGUCCCACCUGCGGCUCGCUCGUCCAGCGCAUCGUCUACGCCAGCAACGAGUCGAACUACUGCCCCCCCUGCCAGACCGGGGGGAAGCUGCUCGCCGACCGCGCCAUGUCGCGCUUGCUGAAGAGCGACUGGCCGCGGUCGCUGGACGAAUGGGAGGCGAUGAAGGAGGAGCGAAACGCAACCGGCGCCGGUCAUUGA